AUGAAUCGAAAACAUUCCGAGACUGGCAUCACCGACGAGGCGGCCCUUGAAGGUCAUGACCUCAUUCACAACGCCGAGGUCGAGGAGCAGAGGGCCCAUGGCGACCAGGCAUUGACGCAGCCCGACGAGGGAGAUGAGCCGCUCAACACAUCGAAGCAGCCCGAGCCCAUGAUCGGACAAGGCGGACGCCGUCACUCAGCGAUGGACAAAGUGAAGGAGGCUCUGCAUCUCAAGAAAUAA